AUGGCGUCUGAUCCGUUGUUCGGUUGGGAUUUAACUUUCAGAACUGUUGAAAAGGAUAUAAAAACUAAAGCAGACAUUAUAGUUGCCUUUAUUCAUUGGAACUUGACCAAGAGAGGUUUCCGAAAUAUUGGUGUUGGUGAUGAGCGGACACUUUCUGGAGAUGAAGUAAAGAGUGAAGUUCUACCUACUGGAUGGAAUGAUAGUGAAAUCUUUAAAUUACGCUACAUUUAUGAUAAUAAAUUAUAUAUCUUACAUGGAUUAAACACAGAUGGCAAUCUUAUUGUCAACUUAAUGAGGUCUGAGGAUCUAGCUGUUACCAAUAUUGCAGUUAAGAUAGAGGAUACUGUGAAAGAAAUGAGUGGUCCUAUAGACAAAAUGCUGCCAACUCACAAAGACUUAAUGUAUAAUGUAAAGAGGGAUUUGUUAGAUACACUAACUGACAGACCCACAACUACAGCACAUACUCAAACAACAACUGGAGAUAAUUCAAACCUCAGAAGGCCAAGUGAUGAUCCUCUUAGAGUACCUCCAAGACCUAUGCCUGGUGCAACACCCGACACUCGUGAUUUAUGGGAAUUACCUCCUGCAAAUUUACCAAACAUUGGCAGAUCAGAUUUAGAUCCCUUUGCACCAGCCGGGGGAGGCAUGAUCUUCAAUCCGUUUGGACCUCGCAGGGAUAUUGAGAAUCCGGGUCUAGGAAUCCCUGGUGGCUUACCCAGGGGUGCAGUACCACCUGGCGCACGAUUUGAUCCUUUUGGGCCUCCCGGUGUCGGACCACUAGGAGGUCGAAGACCCCCGCCUCCAGAUGCUGACCACCUUCCACCACCUGGAUUUAAUGAUAAUAUGUUUAUGUAG